AGGGCCGGAUGAGAAAGAGCUGAAAAAGAAAGAGAAGCAGCGACUGGAGAAGGAGAAGAAGGAGCUAAAGGAGAAACAAGAAAGGGAAAAGAAAGAGCAGAAAGAAAGGGAAAAGAAGAUGAAUGAGAUGAAGAAGAAAUUCAAAAUCACAGGACAUGAGGACGCCAUGUACGAGGCAAAAGUGACUGUGACGACCAAGGGACGUAAGAACGAUCUGCCCGCCAACAGCGGGGACAUCAUCAGCAUCAUCCGAACAACCAACUGUCCCAAAGGGAAAUGGCUGGCCAGGGACAGCAGCAACAAUUACGGGCAUAUUGCAGUGGAUCAUGUGGAGCUGGACAUCAAGGAGAUGUUGGAGCUGGGAAGAGGCAGCAAUCACUCGCAGGAGCAACAAUAACGUUAUCGAGGAGGAGGUUACCAGAACGGGGAGCAGUGCCUCAAACCACUACCCAAUGUCAGCGGAAAGUUUCUCAGAUGACAGUGAGGAGUGGACCGGUGACGAUGACGAACCUAUCUCUCCUCCCCCUGACACUGCAGAUCCACUGGCUUCCAAUAGGCCACACCAGGACACUCUCAGUGCCAUAUAUAGUAAACAAAGACCUUAGCAUAAACCACCAGCACAGUCAAAGUGACAUCAGCGCAGAUGGCACCCAUGUGAAAGCAAGACAUGAAGCACUUCAGAAGUUGGCCACAUUUUUCCAUUCACCAAAACCUGUGGAGCCAGCUGCCAGCAGCCCUGAUCCAGAGACAAGUCCUGUCGCUGUGAAGGAGGAAGAAGUUCUCGUGCCUGAAGCUAGCUCAACACAGGAGAUAGAUUUUGAUCCUAAUGUUAUGCUCAUUUUACCUCCUCCGGACCUGUAUGCCGACCUGACACUGGAGUAAUUAUCAUAAAACAAGCAGGACAAAAAGCAGCCAAGCAGAGUCCAUGACCCGUGUUAGUCACCGUAUACUGUGACUAUAACUUCAUCUUCUUCACUAUGACCUUACUUACCUGGUGACUGCGUUUAUGGAUCGUUAUGAUGAUGAAGAGGAGCAACAUAAGGAGAUUUUUUUUCCGAUGAACUCCAUGUGAAACCAGAGAGGGGACAGUUUACCUGGUGGCUCUGAAUGACUCUGAAUCUUGGACCAAGCUGAGCUGCUGAUCCCAGGAAAAGGAUUUACAUUGUGCAAAUACCAAACAUCUAUUUAAAGUGGUGGAAAUAAGGGGAGCACAAUGGAAAAUGUAUAUGUUUCUCAGACCAGGGUUUUUAUCAGGUUGAGACACAAUCCUGAGAAAAUACACAGGCAGUAAAAAAAAAACAGGGGAAAUUGUUUCAAUCAUGUUCCCAGUAAUCAGCAGCCUUUUCUUCUGCCAGGUUGUUUCUCAGGAUCGACCACAAACCCACAAGGGUUAGUUAGUGUCUGAUACACUUGUUACCCGUUUACAGUGUUGGUAGCAAAGAAGUGAAUAGCAUUAUAGCUGAUAAACUUACAAAUGAACAAAGACUUAUUUAAGUUUCAGCUAACCCACAAAUGAUGUGAUCUGUGUUCCUUAAUUUCCUACCGCAUGCACAUCUAUAGGACUUCAAGACCACUUUCAACAUUUACUCAGUUUUUUCCAAGUGUUUGUAUUUUUUAUUUUUUUGUACAUGAGUGUCUAUUUCUACUUUUAUUUACUCUCCUUAUUUUACUAAAGAUCAUUAUAGAUUGUGGAAGUGCGUAUGUAACUGCUCACGUCAUAGUAUUUAAAUGUGUUUUUAGCAUAUUAAGUAUAAUUAUCUUUAAUGGCGUACCAAUAAACGACAAACGUGGAGCGUAAUCUGAAAUAUGCAAUUUAAGAAUUCUGCUCGUACCAAUUGCUAUGUAUCAGUCAUAGUUGCACCUUCUGGAGGGAAGCAUAAUCCAUAAACUUUAUUUUCUUUCUUACAUUUUUAUGGAGCGGAUGUCUGGCAGGUGUCACGUUUAUGUGCCGCCUUUCUUCUGCGACUUUCCUUCAAGCUGAUGAAUAACAAGUGUUACAGAAAGACAAUGUGGUGUGAUGAUCACCUGAGGUCAUUUUCAAGUAAAAUAUUGUUGUCGACAUCUUAGGGUGCAUUUUUGUCUGGAAAAAAAACAUACAAACUAAUCCUCUGUGAUGGGUGUGUAAAAUUGACAAAGCCUUUAGGACAAAAACAUUUUCCU